AUGAAACCUGGUGAAACAGUAAAUUCUCAACUGUACUGUUUACAUUUAGAAAAAGUCUACCAGGAUUUGUCUAAAAAAAGACCUUUUUUGGUUAACAGAAAAAGACCAAUUCUUCUCCACGACAACGCCCGGCCGCACGUUUCGAAGAACACGCUUCAGAAACUGAACGGACUAAAAUUUGAAACCCUCCUUUAUCCAGCAUAUUCCCCAGAAUUUGCCCCAACGGGCUUUUUUUUCUUCAAGCAUCUAGAUCUUUUUUUGAAGAAUAAAUUCUUCAAGAACGAUGAAGGUAUAAAAUCUGCUUUCAAAGACUUUAUUGCUUCUAGAGAACCUAAUUUUUAUAAAAAUGGAAUAAAUCAGAUUGUAUCACGUUAA